GAUUAGAGACGAAAUGUCCUUUUCAACGCCAGAAAAUCCAGUUACGCAACAGAAGAAAACUCAAGUUCCCAUUGCUCGUGACUGGUUUAUUUGCCAUUUCUACGGUACGAUAUGCUCUUAGAGCGUUGGGGACCCUGUUUUAAGCUUUCCCAGACUCUCAGUCGAGUUUGUGAGUGAUUGAAAGGUGGCUUUGAAAUCCAAUAGCAGUUUUCUACUUUAGCUUGAGAAACUAUGGAUUCUCUAAUUCGUGGGCCGUUUACCAUACCUUCCUGCCUCCAAUGUCGUACUGUGGGAUUAUCUGCCAUAACAAACGUAUCUGAUUUUGUAGGUCACCAUGUACCAGUUCAAGUUUCAAAUCGAAGAUCAUGGACCAGCCUGAAAGCAUUCAACUUUGAAAAGUUGGAAGGAUAUCCGAUGAACCAUUAUGUUAGAAGCAUUGGAUUAAAGUCAGCAUCUUAUCAGAAACAUGGCAUGAAGUAUGUUGUGAAUGCCACCUCUGGACACCCUGUAGAAUCCGAGCCUGAAGCUUAUAAUUCCAAGGACAUUUGGGAAUCUAUAAAAACUGCGUUAAAUGUUUUCUACCGGUUUUCUCGGCCCCACACAGUUAUAGGCACAGCGAUGAGCAUAAUCUCAGUUUCUCUACUUGCUGUCAAGAGCUGGUCAGAUUUCUCUUCAUUGUUCUUCAUUGGGUUACUGGAGGCAGUAGUUGCUGCUCUCUUCAUGAAUGUAUACAUUGUUGGUUUAAACCAGCUGUUUGACAUAGCAAUAGACAAGGUUAACAAGCCAUAUCUUCCACUUGCAUCUGGAGAAUAUUCUGUUAAGAUGGGUGCCACAAUCGUUCUUUCUUUCGCCAUUAUGAGUUUUUGGCUUGGAUAUGUUGUUGGUUCUUGGCCAUUGUUUUGGGCACUUUUCAUCAGCUUUUUACUUGGAACUGCAUAUUCGAUCAACAUACCAUUAUUGAGAUGGAAGAGGUUUGCAUUUGUUGCGGCAAUGUGCAUCCUUGCUGUUCGGGCUGUAAUUGUUCAACUUGCAUUUUUUCUGCACAUGGAAACCUUUGUUUUCAGGAGACCAGCCAUCCUUACAAGGCCUUUGAUAUUUGCAACAUCAUUCAUGAGUUUCUUCUCACUUGUUAUUGCAAUGUUCAAGGAUAUACCAGAUAUUGAUGGGGACAGGAUUUUUGGCAUCCAAUCUUUUAGUGUUCGUCUGGGUCAAAAGCGGGUAUUUUGGAUUUGUAUAUACCUCCUUGAGAUGGCUUAUGUGGUGGCUGUGUUUGUUGGAGCUGCAUCAUCCUUCCUUUGGAGCAAACUCUUAACAGUUCUGGGUCAUGUCAUUUUAGCUUCCAUUCUCUGGAGCCGUGCAAAAUCUCUUGAUCUGAGUAGCAAAGCUGCAAUAACAUCCUUUUAUAUGUUUAUUUGGAAGCUCUUUUAUGUGGAGUACUUGCUCAUUCCACUGGUGAGGUGAAGAUAACAUGCGGAGAUGAUGACCAGAAAUGGAUUAAAAAGUGGCUCGUGUUCACAAUUUCAUUAUUUUCAGCAGAUUUGGGAGCCCCGUGUGAGUGAAACUGUCAAGAACGGAAAAAUUAUAAAUGAAAUCUCUUAGCUUAUUUUUUUAUAUGCUUCCAUGCCAAAUGACACUUUGUAAUCCACAGACCACUUCCUCUCCCCCCUACCGCCCCACCACACCCCUCCACCCAAAAAAAGAAAAAAUCCUUGCAGGAAGUAUCUUAAGAGUUAGUUGAAGUUACUAAGAAUUUCAGGAAUGGUUCACUUACAAUUUUCCUGUUAACUUAAUGAAAAGUUUUAACUCCUAUUAGAAUUCAAA